GAUUCAUACAGGGGGCGGGUCUUCCUUUGGGAGCGUGCGGCCCGAAAGGGGUGGAGGUGUGGCGCACGUGUAGAAAAGGGAGAGCAAGUUGCUUUACCCUCAAAUCAUUCGCCGAACAGGUGAAUCGCUUCUUGCGAGCCACGCGAAAGGCACGAGAGCGGCGCAUUACUCGCAAACUCCCCAUCUAUUUAUCUAUUUAUUUCCCGCGACAUGGAGGCAGCUGUCAUCGCUACGACGCAAAUGACUCAAGAUAUGUUUUACCAACCUUUUUCGGAGACCCUCGUACCUCAGGCGAAGCAGGACAGGGAGUGUAAAGUGCUGAAGAGACAGCGCUCGAGCAGCCCAGAGCUGCUCAGGUGCAAGAGGAGACUGACCUUCAACGGACUCGGCUAUACCAUCCCUCAGCAGCAGCCCAUGGCGGUGGCCAGACGCAACGAGCGCGAAAGAAACCGCGUUAAGCAGGUGAACAUGGGCUUCCAGACGCUGCGCCAGCAUGUGCCCAACGGAGCGGCGAACAAGAAGAUGAGCAAAGUGGAGACGCUGCGCUCGGCAGUGGAGUACAUCCGAGCGCUUCAGCAGCUGCUGGACGAGCACGACGCCGUGUCUGCCGUGUUGCAGUGCGGGGUCCCGUCUCCGUCGGUCUCCAACGCGUACUCGGCGGGCUCGGAGUCUCCUCAUUCGGCUUAUUCCUCUGAUGAGGGCAGCUACGAGCAUCUCAGCUCUGAGGAGCAAGAGCUGCUGGACUUCACCACAUGGUUCGACAGAUAUGAAUCAGGUGCUUCACUCUCUACUAAAGAUUGGUGCUGAAGGGACGGCACAGGACCGGUCCAGGUCGGUGAUACGCUGCCUGCUGGUGCCCAUAAAGGACUUGAGUUCAUUGACUGAGCACUGGACACACAGAGAGCAUGUUCCAGCAAUGCACACAGAUGCAACACUUGCAAGUUUCCAAAUGUUAGAACUGCACGGGACUUGAGGCAUAUGAGGAUGUCUGUACUGCUGACUUGUGUCUUGUGUCACGCCGCAUUUGAACAUGCAAUAAUGUGUAAAUGCAACUGAAUGAGCCAGUUUGUUCCUUCCAUAUUGUACAAAUAACGAGGUGACCAGUUGUAGUUAAACGAAUGAGGAAAAAUAGUAUCAGGUCCCAUAUACGGCGUCUGUUAGGGGAUGCACUAACGUUACACUAGGAAGCCCACAGGCAACCUGUAUAUUAUAAUAUUUUGUGCUAGAUAUGUGGCAACAUUUUUGUACUGGAUGAAUAACUUUUGUAUCAAAGUGUGCACUUGUGUGUUUUCAUACAAACUUGUGUAUAUGCAAUUUUUUAUGAAGAGAAACCCUAUUUUAUGUAAAAUAAAUACUUUAUUUAUUCA